GCAUGAGUCAGUGUGAGGGUGCGGGGGGUGUUCUGCUCUUGCUUGAUUUAUAGAAAAGUCAAAGUUUGCAUUUUAUUCGAAAACUGUUGCUUCCUUUCUGGAAACUGCAGCUCGCUGCGGGUCGCUGCGGGUCUCUGCGGGUUAGCAUCACGGGGUUAAAGUGAGGACGGGGUUAACUUUUUUUCCAAAAGCGUGCGCACAAAGCUUCAGAGCCAGAGGUCUCGCCACCGUCGUGAGUGUCUGCACGGAUUCGAACCCGCUGCGCUUCAGAGGAUUGUGUUUCCAUCAGCAGGAAGCAGCAGUGCCCUUGCUCUGGGGAUGAUGAUGAUGCUGAUGAUGAGGAGGAUGGGAUGGUUUUUGGAGGAAGCCAUUAAGCCCUCACAGUCCUGCGUUGGUGGAUUCCACCUGUUUGGAAUGGUUCUUGUGCGCACGAGGCUGUUUCCGGCCUCUCCUCUGCUGGGAAUGCCUUCCACUUUUCCACUCCGCCUCUGGAAUAUGUGGGAAAUCCAACGUUUGUAGUUUAACAAUCAACCGGCUUGAAUGAUGAAAAUCCUUUGAGAUGAAAAGUGGCACUUUUGGGGAUCGUCUUAUGCUCGCGCGCGGCUUGUGCCUCGUCUCGCGCCCGCACAGCCAGUUGGAGAAACGCACAAGUUUGACGCGAGCUGGAGCCGUAGAGGGAGCGGGGGGAGCACUCGGGCCAAAGGCGGGGGGGCAGCAGGGGGACCGACGGAGCGGCUGGACAGGAGAAGCGGCGCAGCUGUGGCGCGGGGAUGCUGGUGAGGAUGAUGAUGGUGGCGAGUGGAGCGGCGCACCGAGCAGGCACCGAGCUCUCGCCGCUGCGUCUCCUGCUGUGCGCCCUCGUGCUGCUCCCGCCAUGCGCCUUCUCGCACCCGCAGCCGUGCCAGGUGCUGAAACGGAUCGGCCACACGGUCCGGGUGGGGGCUCUGCACGUCCAGCCCCGCUUGCUGUCCACAACUGAGGACUGGGGCGCCUUGGCGGUGGAGUUGGGCACGCAGGUGAAAGCAAGCGCCGGUGCGCCUGGAUACGCCAACCUCAGGACUAAAGUCGCCGCCAACACUCAGAGGAGCGCCAACAGGAGCAAAAGCCAGGCGCGCCAGCGGGACUCCUCCAAGGAGGAGCGCGUUUUCGCCCCCAGAGACUCGGUCCUGCUGGCGGUGGAGGCUCUGAACCGGGCCGGUUUGCUGCCUUUCAACCUGUCCCUGGAGCUGGUCAUGGCUGUGGGCUCUGCGCUCGGGGAGCUCCCCGCCUUCUCCUACUCCUCUGUGGGCAUUCCCGAGGACGAAGACCCGCUGUCUUUUCUGGAGAGCGUGUGUCACACGGUGGUCGUGCAGGGAGUUUCUGCCAUGAUCGCCUUUCCGCGCAACCGGGAGGAGCUCAUUAAGUUGGAAUUCGUUUCGCUGUCGCUUCAGGUGCCGGUAGUCAGCCUUGUGCAGAGGGAGUUCACGCGCCACAGCGAGAAUCCUCUUCAUUUCCAAAUGGCGAUGCGGACUGUAGAGGCUCCGCCCUCGCAUCUCCUCUACCGCCUGCUGAUGAUGAAUGGCUGGUGGGACAUCAGCAUUCUGCUGUGCCAGGAGUGGAACAUCAGCGACUUCCUCUUCCUCAUCAAGAACAACAGCCGCUUCCACCUGGGCACGCUAGUCAACUUGACCGCCACGGCUCUGUCGGCGUCUUCAUUUCCAUCCUCGGCGGGAGCUUCAGCGGAGGCGUCCUCCCCUCCUUAUUUUACCUCUGCGGCGUCAUCUGCUUCAUCUUCCAAAUCAGACCACCAGCAGGUGCUCAUGCGGCAGCUGGAGGCCCUGAGAGAACCCUCGUCCAUUAAAGGGGUGGUGAUGUUUGGGUGUGACAUCCGCGAGGUGAGGCGUCUGUGGGCGUUGGCCACUCGGAUGACUCUUCCAGAGUUUCAGUGGAUCUUGGGGGACAGCCAGAAUGUGGCAGAGCUGAGGACAGAGGGGUUACCUUUGGGGCUUUUGGCCCACGGUGUGAUGGGAUCACCUUCCCUGGAUCACUAUGUUCAAGACUCUUUGGAGCUGGUGGCUCGCGCGGUGGGCAGUGCAGCGCUGGAGAACCCUGCCAUGGCGCUCAUUCCGGGAACUACCAACUGCAUGGAUGCACAACAGCUUAACGGCAGCUCAGGGGAAUUCUUGGCAAGAUUUCUGGCCAACACAUCAUUUGAAGGCCAGAGCGGUUUUAUAUCCAGAGAAAAUCAGGCCCAGAUUCUCAUCUCAGAGGCUCAUCACUACAUCUGGUCUCUCCAGCUGGACCCCCUGGGGCAACCAACCUGGACCCGCUUGGGACGCUGGCGAAGAGGGAGAGUCCUGAUGGACCAGGGGGGUUGGCAAAGCCACCCUGGGUCGAGAGGCGGAGGAGACUGGCGGCGGUAUGCAAAGUUGCACAUGCGGGUGGUGACGCUGGUGGAGCAUCCGUUUGUGUUCACCCGCGAGGUGGAUGGGGACGGAUUGUGCCCAGCGGGGCAGUUGUGCCUGGACCCGCUAACCAACGAAUCCUCAGUUUUAGAAGGACUUUUCCAGAACCUCGGAGGACCAAACGGAUCUGUUCCCACACACUUGAAGAAAUGCUGUUAUGGAUACUGCAUAGACCUGCUGGAGAAACUGGGGGAGGACAUGGGCUUCACCUAUGACCUCUACAUCGUGGGCGAUGGGAAAUACGGAGGAUUCAAAAACGGCCGCUGGACGGGUUUGGUUGGUGAUCUGCUAAGUGGCGCCGCCCACCUGGCAGUGACGUCCUUCAGCAUCAACUCAGCCAGGAGCCAAGUCAUUGACUUCACCUCCCCCUUCUUCUCCACCAGCCUGGGAAUUCUGGUUCGUACUCGGGACACGGCUGCGCCCAUCGGCGCGUUCAUGUGGCCCCUCCACUGGUCCAUGUGGCUGGGCAUUUUCGUCUCCCUCCACGUCACCGCCAUCUUCCUCACCCUGUACGAGUGGCACAGCCCCUUCGGGAUGACGCCGCGUGGGCGCAACCGCGACCGAGUCUUCUCUUUCUCAUCGGCGCUCAACGUGUGCUACGCCAUUCUCUUCGGUCGAACCGUCGCCAUCAAGCCCCCAAAGUGCUGGACCGGCCGCCUGCUGAUGAACCUGUGGGCCAUCUUCUGUCUGUUCUGUUUGUCCACAUACACCGCUAACCUGGCGGCCGUCAUGGUCGGGGAGAAAACCUACGAGCAACUGUCAGGAAUCCAUGAUCCAAAGUUGCACCAUCCCUCUCAGGGAUUCCGCUUUGCCACGGUGAGAGAAAGCAGUGCAGAAGACUAUGUCAAGAAAAGUUUCCCAGAAAUGCACGAGUACAUGAGAAGAUACAACGUUCCAGCAACGCCAGAUGGCAUCCACAACCUCAAGGCUGACCCACAGAAACUGGACGCUUUCAUCAUGGACAAAGCCCUGCUGGACUAUGAAGUCUCCAUAGAUGCAGACUGUAAAACUCUGACGGUUGGGAAACCUUUUGCAAUUGAAGGUUAUGGCAUUGGCCUCCCUCAGAACUCACCACUCACCUCCAACUUCUCAGAGUUGGUCAGUCAGUACAAGUCAGACGGCUUCAUGGACAUGCUGCAUGACAAAUGGUACAAGGUUGUGCCCUGUGGGAAACGGAGCUUCGCUGUGACGGAGACGCUCCAGAUGGGCAUAAAGCAUUUCUCUGGUCUGUUCGUGAUGCUAUGUGUGGGUGUGGCCUUAUCUCUUCUGACCACAAUAGCUGAACACAUCGUGUACAAGCUGGUGAUCCCGAGGGUUAAGGAGCCCCGCUCCAAAUACUGGCUGCACACAAGUCAGAGAUUACACCGAGCCCUCAACUCAGUCUUCGUUGACGACAAACUACCAACAGUUUCCAAGCCUGAAAAAAGGUGCAACGAGGGAAACAACCAGUCGUGGAAUCCCACAGAGUCCGCCCACUGCAACAGGCGGCGCUUUCUCCCACAGGACAUACAGAAUGACAUAGAAUGUCCAUCUUCGCAGGAUCUUCCGCCUCCGCCUCCCCCAUCUCCACUGCCCCACCCGAACACCCUCCCUUUGCUGGAGAAGCCCCCUCCCAUAGUGACCACCUCCAACGGCCGCUCCGACCUGCUCGGGCGAGGGGUCAGUCAUAGUUUGGGGUCAGUUCAGGUCGGAUCGGUGCAUGGGUUGAUACAGUGCCGAGGUUUAGGAGCGGGGGACUCCAGUUCGGGUCCAGGUGUGGGCCGGAAUCCGCUGGUUCAGGAACUAUCAGAGCUGGAAGGUCAAAUCGCUGCCAUAAAGCAGCAGCUGCAGUCGGCCAUGCGAAGGAAGAGGGAGCUGGAACAGUACCAGUCAGAAAACCAGCAACCGGACCAGACUGCACCCAGUCAGCUCCCAACGCAGGCGUACAGCCAGCCCCACCAGCAGACUAACAAACACAAAAACACCCUCCCAGACUUCUGAAGCUCGCCUCCUCUGUUUUGUCCAGAGAAACCUUCUUAGACUUAAGGACUAGUUUCCUAAACCUCCAGGUCCUGGAUACGGAUCCUCACCUGUAUUCUGGAGCCGGGGCACUUGCAGAUUUCUUGUAACAAGAUCCUUUUUUUUUAGGCUCAGGAGUUUCCCGGAAUGCUGGAACAAAACGUUCUGAUCAGGUUCUCUCUUGGUCAUUUUGUGACCUUUGAAAGGCAAAGCAUGAUUGUAUGAGAAGCGCAAGACGGGGUCAACGAGAAAAACCUGGAGCCAAAUCUGUUCUGAGAGCUCCCUGUGUCAGCCAUCCUCUUCACCUCCAUUCCACCUCGUCUUGAUCCAUUUCCUGUCUCUGUCCCAGAAACUUUCAUUUUCUGCUUCCAUCCAUUCUCUGACGCUUUUUUCUUUUAAGCUUCAUCUCCGUCUCCAUGGUGAUGAGCAUAAUCAUAGGUUUGACGAUGGUAUUGAAGUAGUUUGUUGAGGCUCUUGGAGAACGUUUGACCUCUGCUUGAACCCCACCAGGUAAGUCUGGAUGUCACUGAAACCUCUCCCAGACGCCAGCGAUUGCUUCAUAUUACCACCGCUGACCCUAUGCUUCUGCCCCCCCCCCAGUGCUUCUGACUAGCCAUUUCUCUCUGAUAAGUCUCCUGCGCCUUGAUGAGGCUGAUGCUGCAAGAUUUUAAUGAAAAAGAUGGUGUACAAAGAGCUUUUCCCCCCUGAGACACCUGGAUGAAGAAGAGCCACUUUACAUCCACCACCGGAUUACAGGACACAAAACACGCCAACUUCUGAGUCACCGUAAAAUGUUCAGUGAUGCACCCCCACUCAACAGAAGAGUCUAGUUUGCAAUUGGGGGAGGUGUCAGCAGGUGGUUCAAACCAGGCAUAAAUAUGCAGAGUUCAGAAAGCAGAAAUGGAAGGAAUAGUCAAACACUGACCAUCGAUCGGUCGGAAUCUGAACACACCAGUGCACUUUUUCUGUGAUGAUCUUUUCUGGUUUGGUUUUGUUCUGUUAAUAAAAAUAUACCUCUCUUCUUUGCA